AUGCCGCAUCGGUCGCCAGAAAAAGGAGUUAGGAAAGCCUAUUGGACCAAUGAAAAUGGGGGGAGCGUGAAACCGGAACGCAUUCUGGAGGCGGGUGGCUGUCAUGGAAAUGUCUUGAUCCUGCUCUGGUCCCUCAUUCAGAACCUCCCCCUCCCUCCCAAAAAAAACAGCCUGUGUGUUUUCUCACUCGAACUUGAUAUUGAUUGGUUCCACUUCAAGGUCGGUGUCAAUGAUUGGUUCGUUGGAAGACGGAAUCCACGAAAGAGAACGCACCAGUCAGCGAGCCGUCCACUCUAUGAGGCUACGCUUUUGCUUGAUAUUUUCCACCACAACAAGAUUCUAGGGCUUCGUAAGUACAAUCGUGGUGGACGCACCAAGGAAUACGAUGGUGAUCCCUUAGAGAAAUUUUGGAAAUACGGCGAACGCAGUGACGUUCCACUGGCUCAACGAGACAUUCUUUCGAAUGACUGGCUUCUCAGCAACACCAUGAAACCAUCUUCAACCACCGAUAAAUCGCGGGUUUAUUUGCAGAAAUGUGUCUCCUGUCAUUGUGUUCGCCUUCGUUCAAGGUGUUCUUCAGAUCUGUUGACUUUGAAGAAAUCUACUCCUGUCUUCCCCCAACACCCCCCAUCGAUCACGAACAUGUUUGACCUUGAAUGCAGUCGUCAAUGA